AUGGCCUUUACUCAUGGUCAGAUGCAUGCUAAUGCUCUGUUCAAAAACCAAAGUUUUCGAAAUGCUGCGACCUAUUCCCGAUAUCUUCGUAGAUUUCGAGAUCGUCCUCUUUAUCCCUCCUUCUUCAUUCAGCCUGCUACCUUCUCAAAGUAUGAGAUUGAUAUUCCUGUAUAUCUUCGGCGACUUGGUUGGAGCUCUCUGGUCGAGAACUUGCGCUUCAGUCAGUGUCCUGAGGCUGUUCGCUUGUUCUAUGUCAAUCUUCGAUGUGGACCAGGAAGUGACCCUUCCUAUUUCACCACAUUGGUGUAUGAUUAUGAAAUCAAAGUUACUCCUGACCUGCUAGCCUCGCUUCUGGGACUUCCACAUGACGGCUUGAAGGCUGGGUCAGAUAGAGACUUUUAUCAUUUCGGGUUUCGGUUCGACGAAACUCUUCAGUCUCUGGCUCAUGAUAUUGGGCGCUGGUUUCCCUCUCAGCUCUCUGUUGGGCGCAUGCCUGAUGACCUAAAGGUGCUCCAUUUCUUUUUGACUCGCUGUUUUCUCCCUCGAGAUCUAUCCAGCACUGAGUUGCUUCAUUCGACUUAUCUUUGGGUGCUAUAUAAUGCACGAGCUGGACGCCGGAUCAGCUUUGCAUCACUAAUGUUUUGCCAUAUGAUCAGAUUUGGCAAUGAGUAUUAUAGUGGGCCUCUGCCAUUUGGUCCCCAAAUCACUCGCCUCAUCUCCCGGUUGGGGAUUUACCUGCGUGAUAAGGUUGUAGUCUGUGAUAUUCUGGAUGACCUACGACCCCAGCAUGUGCUUGCUCGCCUUGACGCACUGGUUGGCCCUCGAAAGCCUGUCACUGGCUCAGGGGGAGUAAGCAACCAGCCUACAGAGCAUGAGCAUGCUACUGCUACUGCUACUGCUCUGGAGGAUGCAGCAGCUGCAACCUUCAAACAAGCUGCACAUUCUAUGUGUGGACCUAAAUGGAGGAAAUGGUUAGAAAAGGAUCUGCUGCUGCCUAGGUUUGUGUACGAGUCUAAUCAGAUCAAUGAUCCGAUCAGUUCAGACUCAGAGUCGGACGAUGAGGACAGAAUUUCAACCUAUGCAUCACCACCUAAAUACCCUUUUUGA